UUCGAAGGGCAUCUUACACAAAAAUGUCCUCGAUCAAUGCCUCAAAACCCGAGCUGGAUACGAGAAUAUUCUGUUGGACAUCAAUCGGUCAAUGGUCGAGCGCCAAGAAAUCGAGUACCGUUUGUGGAAGCUGCAUUACGAGCUCAUCAACGAAUUCCGUAAAAGAAUUAGGCCAAUAUCCAAUAAUAAUCCAGAUAUUUUGAAAAAUGACAAACUUUCGGACGAAGGCUUGGAAGGAUUCAAGUCGUUCUUAUCCGAAUCGAGCGAAUUCUACGGGAACUUAAUUAAAAAAAUUAGGGAAAUUUGCAGGCUCCCUCCGGAAAUCUUCAUCAAGGAUCGUAGAUUGUUGACCGUUGUUGACCAACUAAAAACGCAAGAAUGUCAACACACAUGCCACCGCCUCUUGAUUUGUCUAGGAGAUCUCGCUAGAUACAACGAGAUUGUCAAGAAAACCGAUGCUUGCGAAUGGUCAACUGCAGCUAAGUACUAUCUAGAAGCUUCUAGAACAUGGCCGGAUAGUGGGAAUCCACAUAACCAGCUGGCAUUAUUGGCAACGUAUGUCGGCGAUGCUUUUCUUGCGUUGUACCAUUGUGUACGAAGUUUGUCGGUGAAGGAGCCUUUUCCCGAUGCAUGGAGAAACAUUAUGUUACUAUUUGAAGAGAACAGGUCGAUUAAUUUGCCGUCGGUUUCUACCGAUCAGGUGCAGUUCGAUUUCUCAAACCCUUCGAAAAGAAUUUACUCGCAAAAUACACGCAACGAAGAGAAUUGCUCUCCACAUGAUCACUUAUGGCCGUUUCUUGUCAGAACUAUAAGCUUCCUUUUAAUCAGAUCAAGCUCGGAAGAAUUUCCACGCAUUUUAACUUCCGCGUUGCACAAUUUAGAAGCUUUACUAUCAUUCGACGAUGCAAAACUCGCUGUGAAUUUCGAGUCGUACCAAAGUAUGGAUUCUUCUAGAAGUGGCCCUUAUCGCGCUAUUCAACUCGUAUCUAUAUUCAUAUUCAUUCUCCAUAGCGCGAACGAGACCCCUAAAAGAGACGAGUCAACAGAAAAAGACGGUCAAAUAAAUUCCGUUUUUACGCCUCUGGCAUUUGCCGCUAUAUUCAUUCUCAUGGGCAGGCUCACGGAGAGGUGCCUGAGGGAGAAACAGAGGAAUAUUUGCCCGCUUUCGCCAGCUGUCCUCGUAUUUCUAGAGUGGCUAGUGGGGUCGCUCGACAAGGUACAAAAACCACACGAUGCAGACGAAAGGGUUAAGAAUGCUCUGUCUUACUUUCUAACUGCUCUAACCGAUCUCUUGGAUCGGAUUGGAGAGAGCGAAAAACGAGGUUCUCCUAAUUAUUGUACCGCCCUUUGGGAAGACCACGAGUUGCGGGGGUUUUAUCCGUUGACCGUUGCUCACGAAAAGCUGGAUUUCGACUCGGACAACAACUACAGGUGUCGCAACGAGAUUCGUUCCCACCGCAUAUUUCUUGCUGCCACGAGAAUAAUGGCUCUUUCCGGAAGCUUCCGGAACCAAGGAGAAGCGGAAAUUGCUAGUCCAAAAACACAACCUAUGACAAUAGAAAUCGAAGAGGAAGAAGUUAUCGUCUUCAAGCCCAAGAUCACUAGACGCAAUUCAGCGCCACUUUAUAUAUCUAAGGAUGCAUUUUAUCCCGAAGAAACAAAUUCUUCGCAAACGGAACUUUCCGAAGAGCGGUUAAGACGUGCCACGUCACUAUCCGCCUGCAAGAAAACCGAAGAUAAUAAUUACAAUAUUACUACAGACUCCUUCAGUUUCUGCUCCGCCACAUCGAACCCCGGACCUCCCUCACUCAGUGGGUGGGCCAUAUUCGAAGGAGGUUCGGUGGGGCCCACGAAAGAUUUCAGCAGACAAAAAAAGCUAACUCCUAUAGAGGAGAUAUCUUCUACCCCGUUUUUCGAUCUCUCCAUUAACGAAUCCUAUCCCACUCAUUUUGCUGCUCCCGUAAUACCGUCUGCACCUUUCUUGCCCGAUGACGGCAUUCUAGGUGCAGCUCCGGUUAGCGGGUCCACGGGUCGACCCGCGGUGUAUCCGCAGAUCGGUUUCGUGGACGGAUACGCUCCGUUUGUUGGAAUGAGUUCUUCGGAAUGGCUUUAUCACUACAGAAACGGUCAGAAUAUGGGCGGCGUUAAUACCAAUGGGCCCGCACUCGGAAAUGUUUUUCAUGCAAACGAGGUUUCGGGAUUUGAUGUGUGUGAUCAAUGGGGGAAUCGUUUUGUGCCGAGCCCGAUGGUGCAUUGCUUUGGGGGUGGGGGCCCGCAAGUGCAUACGAAUUACGGUGUCAGUUACCAGAGGGGAUUUGUGAGUUAUGAUGAGCCACAGCUUCUGCAGUAUCUUAAAGACAAAGAGAGGCAACUGCAGCUAUGGGGUCCUGCUUAUAUGGGAAACUGAGCCAACUCACUGAGUCACUGGUCUUUUUCUUGUACUUACAUCAAUCAUUAUUACAGUUUACAUGAUUAAAUGAUGUUUCUGCUCUACUGUUGAAUUUUUCUUGAUAUUACCUAACUGAAGUUCAUAGUGACUUAGUGUGUACAUUCUUGAUCUUUUAAUAGCUCAAAAAAUGGGGGUUCUAUUGUUCGAUAUUUCAUCGAUUCGGAUAAGAAAUUUCUCGAUUGUGGAACAAUAUUUUUUCAUUUAGAAUUUUAAAAAAUAAUCUGAAUUUCGAUUUUCCUGA